UAUUCAUGACUCCGCUCUCUCUCUCUCUCUCUCCACAAAAAUUUAAAACGUGAGAGUGGCCACUAUCACCUCCUGCCUGCCGUGAUAUAUAAUAUACAUUUUUAGAAUACUAUGAAGGGCCCGUGACUUCAGCUGGUUAAUUGAGGAAAGGUAGGAUGGAGACACAUAAAUGUAACACAAGUGGAGAUACUCUGUCAGAUGGUGAGGUGAUGUUGCGAGUGGUAGAGGCUGGUUCUGCCAUUGCUACAGCCACUACACGCACCUUGAAGUUACGGGUAGAACUACAAAUUAAACCUCCUGCCUCCUCAAAGGAACUACUAGUGAGGCUUACAGACAAUCAAGAUCCAUUUCUUUUGUAUACAUGUGUAGUUCGAGAAGAUGACUACCAUAGUCUUAGGCAAGCUCAAGGUUUACUGGUUGAUUUUAAUGCAUUUCCUCACAAGUUUGUUGAGCUGGUUAACUCGUGCAUCAAAGAAAAUGAAAAGGAUUCACCUAGGUUUGUGCUGGUUUUGCGCUUCUCAGAUGACAGUGGAGGAAAUGCUACACUGGAAGUUGUGGAAGUCAACAUAUUCAAGCAUUUAUGUCACUUGGCAUUGACCCUUGCACCUGCACCCACCCAGCUUAAGCUUAGUUAUCUGGCAGACUGCUGCAAGGCUUUGAAGAGUGAAAUGGCUACCAAAGAGAGAGUAGCAGCUGAUAAUGAGCAACAGUUUCGACAACAGUUGCAUCACACACAAGAUAUGUUAGCCAAGACAUCACAAGAGGUACAGCAGCUACAGACAGAGAUCAACCAUCAUGUGGCUAUGUCGUCAGAGAAACAAGCUCAGCUCAUGAGUCAAGAAAAGGAAAAACUUUUAAAAGUUCAGAGUGAUGCAGACAGGAGAGCUGAAAGAGAGCUUCGGCAUUUGGAGGCCAAACUGAGUCAUCGAAUUGAACAGCUCCAAGCUAAAUUAACAUCUCUCACUUCACAAAAUAAUGAACUAUCAGAAAAGAAAUACAGAGCUGAAAGCAGUGUUAAAGACCUCCGAGGGAGGCUAAAUAGUGCUGAGGGGGAUUUAGUUCGAUGCCAGCAAGAGCUUGCUCACAUCAAAAAACAAAAUGCACGCCUAGACCAAGAAAACCAUGGAAAGAGCAGUACAGUACGUGAACUGGAAUCAAGAAUAUCUCACUUGGAGGGGGAGUUACGAAGUCGAGACACAAGUCUAGCACACACACAGCAAAUGGUGGAGACAUUACAGGAACAAAAGGGAAGUUUAGAGGAGGUUCUAGAGGAAAGACGACAAAAAUUAGUAAAGCGUGAAAAUUCUAUCCAGUUGCUGUAUGCUGAGUUACAGAAAAGUCUUGACGUCAUCAAAAAACUCCAGAAGAAGGUUAAAGAGGAACAUAUAACGAGUAAUGUUCGAGGAGCAGCACUCGUACAGCAGGACAAGGUUGUAGCAGAAAAGGACUCAAGUGUAUCACAACUGAGUGAACAGCUCCAAUUAAUGACAAACAAAGUCUCCCAGCUCACCUUGGAAAAGGAAAAGUUCCAACAAGAGUUGCAGGAUGCUACGGAAAGGUUACAGGGACAGGAAAAAACACUACAAACCAAUGAAAAUGUUAUCUCAUGGCUCAACAAGCAACUUAAUGAAAUAGAAAUGACAGGAGCACUUGCAAAGCGAGCACCCCUCACAGAGGCAUAUCUUACUUCUCAAGGGUCAUCCACUCUUGGUUCAACUCACCAAGGCUCUCGCUUCACAUCAGGCGGACCACCAGGGAUUAUAGCACAUUCCACACCUCUGUCCAACACAUUGACAUCACAUCCCACAGGCAGUAGUGGAUGGUCAGGACUAGCACAUGCUACUGUGAGUUCUAUUCGUAACAUUGGCAACAUCCCAUCAAUACCAGAGGAAAUAAGCCCACGAUGUUCACAUGCAUCCCCUACUGAUAAAGAAAACGUGGAUGGCCUGGACUCAAAGUACUUUGAGGCAACCAAUCCAGCAGCUGUUCCAGUUCGAGGACUGCUUCGAGCAAAUUACUCAAAUAUCUCAUCCUCGGAAUCAAAUUCAAAAGGACUUUCAGUGGAUGCCAAAGUUUCAGGAAAAAAAGGAUUGGUUGCAGUGCAGAGAGGGAGCAACACUGGAGGAGGAAGAGGAAUGGGAAGAAUUUCUAGUAGAGGAACUAACAAAGCAUCAGAAAGUCAGAGAAAGCCUGCAGUUUCAAGUAACCAUCCUUCAAGCUACUUUCCAAGAACUUAGUUUAGAUUCUCAUACAUGUUUUAUCACCAAAAUUACUUUUGAUAUUCAUGUACAUAUAUCAAACUAAGCAAGUAGGUACCCUUGAUAAAUUUAUAUACUGUAUAUAUUUAUUUAUAUGUGAAUACAUUAUUUAUCACACGUUAAUGUGUUUUUAUGUGAACCAGAAUGUAUGAUCUUCAUUUUGCCUAGGCUUGUUGAGGACAGCUCACUUUUACUUGAAGAGAACUACAAUACGUAUUUAACUUUUGUGAGGAACAUUGUUUUGCUCCUCGGUUGAAAGGUAUAUACAAUGAAUAAUAUUAAAUUGAUCCAGUGUCAAUUGCUUCCCUGUGAGGUGUAUGGAGAACAAUGUUUGACUAGUAGUGUCAGAUGACCAUACACUACAGUACCUCUGAGCAUACCAAAAUUUGCCGAGUUUUGAUUGCAUCCAGUAAUAAAAUCUUUGUCUUUCAUUGAUACAUAAUUUGAAUUCCAUGAAACCAUUAAUAAACCCUGAAGAGAAAUAUUUGAAGAUUUUCUUUCUCAUAAGGAUAUGCAAGCAUAUAAAAGUCAUUGCUAUUUGAAUAUUGUUGCUACUCUCAAAUGAGAAAUUGUAUUAGUUACUGAUAAAUCCAUCCUGAAUUAUUCAUUUAUAUUAUGUAUUGUGUCACUUCUAAUUUGCUUACAAAAUAUAUUUAUCCCAUUUUCUUCAAUGUUCCAAAUAUUUUUGUGCCAUGCUAUGUGGUGGUAGGAAUUAAGAGUAACACAACCUCUCAUUUCAUUUGCUCCUGAUUGUUGUAACAUCCCCAUAAACUGGUAGACUUAAUCCUACACUUUAUUAACAUCACUGAGCACUGCUACUUCCUGGAUGUUCAUCACUCCCACUUGCAUAAUUCCUUAAUCCUAUUCUUCGAUCUUUUUGAUCUUCCUGUCUCCCACAUGUUUAUGGACUUUUUUUUAUUCUUCAAAAUCAGUCUAAAUAAAAGUGAAUUAAUGAC